AAGUAUCCUACACCAUCUGCCUCUUCACAAGUGCAAAUGUAUCGAAAAAUAAUUGCGUUGGUCGUCAUGUCACUUCCACUGAUUCUGAGUCCCCAGGUUUUUGGGCUCGCGACAGACGGUUCGAUCCUUCUGAAAAAUAUUGCAGGGAAGCUCAGCUUCAUUCAGAGGGAAGGAAAUGUGACUUAUCUGCGGGACAAGGAGCUGGCCACGGAAGUUCCAACCGAGACAAAGUUUGAACUGUUCGAUCCAAUGAACACUUUACGCACUGCCAGAUUCAACUAUACCUGGGACUUCGGCAACGGAGAGGUGCAGAAGGGAUCGGAGCCGUCUGUGCACUAUAACUACUCAUCCCCUGGAAACUACACUCUGCGGCUGAGAGUUGGGGCCCAAGUGAACAAAACCUCUACUCCACUAACUGGGGUGUACACCAUGGACGUUACAGUUUUGGACGCCAUCAGAAAUAUUGAGUUGAGCCCUUUGAGUUUCCAGGUUUCCAGAAACAACAGUCUGGUUGUUCAUGUGGAUGGAAGUCCUCCCAUGUGGGUCUGUUGGAGGUUCCUACAGAACUGUGUAUCAGCAACCCCUACAGGCUGUCACCUGACCAUGCUGUAUGAGAACACCAUGACACUGAACCACACCUUCACAACUUUAGGAGUCCACUGUCUGGACAUCAGCGCCCGCAACGACAUCAGCAAACUGCAGACCUCCUACAACAUCUUUGUGAGGAGAGAUUCCUCUUUUAACCUGCUCUUCAUCAUGUUGUGUGCUUGGAUUGUCUUGGCAAUCCUUGCCUUCAUCACUGUUAUAGCCUGUCGCCACAAGAAAGGAAGCAACAGCAAUCCACAGAUGUCUAAGUCCAGUAACGCCAGUUACUCCAGUAUGAACAUGGAACUGCAGCCACAACAGGACAUCCCUGAUAUCAGUAGUGAUCUCUAUGUGUCCAGGCCAAAGAACGAAGAGGUCCAACCCCUUCUACAGCACGGGACCAGAUCUGUCGCCAAAUCCUACCGCAACUAGUCUUCAUUUAUACACUUUGUGUUGGAAUGAUUCAAGUCAAAUGUUAAUAGUUUGCUAACAAUGUAUAGUUUGAGAUGAAUAUAUGUCACAAGUAACAUUUAACUAUAAAUUGUCAGUGAUGUAAUACCGAUGUAGAUUACAUUCCUCUGUCUGUGUGGAUUUUAUACUUACACUAUUUUGCCUCUGAUGAUCUCAUCCUCAGACCCAGCCAAAAGCCUGACCUCGAAAACUAAAUAUCCAUCCAAGGGGUUUUAGAGGAUUGGAUCCUCUAUGAUAAUAGAUGACAGCUGCCAGUAACCCUGUAGGGAACAUUCUAAUGGGUAUUACUACCCAUAUACACUAGAUGACUGAUAGGUGGUGCUGUGUUGAAUCCACCAUGCCUCCAUUUUGGCACCCCCCCUCCAUUGUAUAAACAUUUUGGGAAGCUAUAGAAAUGCAUUUAUUCAUGUCUACAUUCAUUUUUUCCACAUUAAUUAUAUUACAUUACUAAUGUUACUGACCCCACUACAACAACAAAAAAUACUUAAAUACUUAAAUGUUUAACAAAAUUUCCAUCCAAGGGGUUUUACAGCAGUAGUUCCCAAACUGUGGGGUGCGCGCCCAUGUAUAUAUUUAUAUUAUGAUUUUUUUAAAUUAAGGAACUCAGUCCGGCUUUUAAAACCUCUUAGGGAUCCUUUAAGCUCGAAUCCCGUUAGCGGGACAGAUUUGACAACAUCCGGUGAAAUAAUGUCAACAGCGCGCCAAAUACAAACUACAUAUA